AAAAAAAAAAAAAAAAAAAAAGCUAAAGAUCCACCUCGAACUUCUCUCCAUCUUUCUCAAUCAUCAUCUAAUUCUCAGAUUCCGUUUCCUUCUUCCUUUUUCCUCUUCCUCUUCAAGCCACAAAGACUCAUAAAAAUCCAACCUUUUUCUCAUUUCCUCUGUUAAAUUUUUCCUGAAAAGUUUAUUCCUUUUUCUACAGAUCGAAUUUCGUAGUUCUCACCUCACUGAAUCUGUUACUUUCUCUAUAAUCUAAAUCUUCAAAAAUGUUUCUGGUUUUGUGAAAUCAACACUUAAAAACUCGAGCUUUUACCUCCUCUGUUUUUUCAAAGAUAAAAAUGAGAGAAGACGAUUCAGACUGGUUCGCAAGAUGGGAAGAAGAACUUCCAUCACCAGAAGAGCUCAUGCCAAUAUCACAAUCUCUAAUCUCACCCGAUCUAGCUCUAGCCUUCGAUAUACGAACCCCAAAUCACGGAAACGGAAACUCAAACCAACCUCAUCAUCAUCAUCAUCACCAAACCACACCUCCUACACCGUCUCAGCUUCAGCUUCCAUCUUCUCAAGCCAAUUCCUCAGCCGAAUUCGCUGCAGAUUCAGCAGAUCUAGGCUCCGGAGGAGCUGCCGGAGACGAACCAGCUCGGACUUUAAAACGACCUCGUCUUGUCUGGACACCGCAGCUGCAUAAACGUUUCGUUGAUGCUGUUGCGCAUUUAGGGAUUAAGAACGCAGUUCCUAAAACGAUUAUGCAGCUUAUGAGUGUUGAUGGUUUAACUAGAGAAAACGUUGCGAGUCAUUUGCAAAAGUAUAGACUUUAUCUUAAGAGAAUGCAAGGUUUGUCUUCUGGUGGUGGUGCUGGUUCAGAUCCAGCUACUGAUCGUCUUUUCGCUAGCUCUCCUGUUCCUGCUCACUUUCUUCAUCCUAAUCGUGUUCCCAGUUCUGAUCAUUUCAUGCCGUCUUUUGUUCCUAUUGCUACUCUUCAACAACAACAACAAAUGGCUGCUGCUGCGGCCGCUGCUGCAGCAGCUAAUCCUCAUUUACAACCGCCUCAGUUCCACCGUCAAAUCGCAGCUGCGCAUUUUGGUUCACCGACUAAUGGUGGAUUCAGUUCACCGACGAGUAAUGGACAGUUUGGAUCACCGACUAGUAAUGGAUUUGGAUCACCGACGACUAAUGGGAAGUUUGAUCCUUCGUUCUUGGCGGUGAGGCAAACGCAGCAGCAACCAAUUCAGAGAAUGUCUACACCAUCAUUGCAUAGUCCAGUUAGUAAUUACGUUGAGGAUUUGGAAUCUGCAAACGCUAAUGGAGGGAGAACUGUCUUAACUUUAUUCCCAACUCGAGACGAUUAAAAAGUCAUUAUCUUUCCGGUUACUAGAUGUUCAAAAUGUCUCUGCAGUCAUCAAGAACAUGAGUCAGCUGAUCGUUCUUGUGCAUCGGUUUUAUCCGGUGGCGUUUACUCUGUGCAGUCUUAUCAGUUUAACAUUGAUACAAUCCAGCGUCAAUGUGUGGUCAAGUUCUGUAUCUGAAGCUCAAGCACCUUCAGGUCAAGGCUUGUAUUAACCCUUGUAGCUUUCUUGUGUAAGAUUAAUGUAAAGAUGAGUUUACUUUUGAACGUACAUCCGUACGAACAAACUCAAGAUUGGAAAAAAGAAUGAAAAAAACAAAAACUUACUUCACAAUGUUCUUUGCUUUCCCAUUUUGUUGUAGAUUUGUUCUUAAAGCUGAGUUUAGCUGAGUUUGGUUGUAGCCUUUUACACUGAAAGUAUAUUGGAAUUGCUGAAACUGUUUAUUCAGUCACCUUUUUAACUCCAUAUAUUAUAAGGUUUUGAUUUACAAGAAUCAAUGAUGCAAUAGUACAAUGUGAAAAUGAUCAUGAAGGAGACCAAUAAGCAAAAGAGACAAAGACAAUGGGAAGGCAGAAUCAGAAUGAAGAGGAUCUGAUGCUCUUACAUCCUUAAUCAUACCCCAACUUAUUCACUACUACCAAUUAUAAAUAAAGUCGCAAUACUAUAUGGAAUCAUUGAA